AUGGUGGAUCUAACUACACUGGAUCCUCUACAGAAAGAGUGGUGGGAGAUGAGAUGGGCGGAGAUCAUGCACGAAAGAAGUGUAGCAGCAGCUACUGAUGUUGCUUCAGCUGCAGCUAUUGCCGCUGCUGCAACAGCUACUGGUCAUGGUGGUCGUGCUCUGAACAAUGAACCAGAAGGGCUCGGCGAAGCCCACGCCCCGUGCCUAGCUUGGACCAUCCACAAGGCAACCAACGGGAGCAAGACGAGGAACGUCUUCUCCGGCCCGGCGUUCCACCGCUUACAACAAGCAUGGGGUCAGCCAUCGUAUGCAAGAACGUUCGAACUGGAAACAACCAAUUACAUUGAGGUGCCUAUUUGGUUGGACCAAACGGCAGACCUCACAAGAGCAUCACAAAUAGUUUUUCACCCGGUAUUACCGCCACAACAACUUCACCUGCCGCCACAUCCAUGGAUCUUCCAGCUUCUAAGGGGCCUUCCACUACCUGGAGGAAAUGGUCAUGAAGCCAUCGCGAUGGCUAUACGGCCAGACAACAGGUAUUGGCUCGGCUAUUUCACCUUUCGCACUGGUCGUUGGCAUGCGUUUGCGGGAGCGGAGGGAUUCUUCGAGAAUCCAAUUCCGCUGGGUUUCGACAGUAGCUACAAGACUCUGGUAGGAGGAUGGAAGAAUCUUCAGUACGUGCCAUUAGGGAAAACUGCGGCAGAGCAGGCGGUUACAGCGCUCUAUUGGUCUAACUUCGGAACCAAGAGAACAAAGAAAGCUCUUAAGAAGUCAGCAGCAGGACUGCUGGUAAUGUUUCUCGAGGGCCACCGGUUUUUCCCCAUCAGGAACCACGUGGAGCAACACUGGAAUUCAGACAAGCCAGUAUUCCUUUCUGAAAAACUAGCCCGGUUGGUGGUCAACUGGUCUGACAUUAGCUGCUCAAUAUCAUAUUGGGCUGUCACCGGCGAUUGGGCGUCCGGAGACGACGCACAAUACCUCAUUGGAUUGAACAUCGGGGUGAGCACCGUGGGGGAAGCGCUUUCAACUAUCUACCCAAUUCUGCAGGCAACAUCCUGCAGGCAGUAUCCAUGAUCCUGCAAAGGGGCCCCCAGUCAGUCACUCGACGGAUGAUCGAGAGAGUUAGACUAGAUGCUGUGUGGUGUUGCUACGUACUAGGGUUGUUUUUAUUUCAACAAAUUUGCUUCCAUGUAUUUCCCUUUCCUUCAAAGUUGGCGACUGUGCCCGUCGGCGCUGUCCAUGGCCAACAGCAUUAGAGUAGUGUAGGGUUACUUUCUCUAUCAGUGUAUUCACAACCCUGUAACACCAACGGUUUAAUUAAAUUCUUCUGCA